GGCAGUUCAUCAGGAAAAAGGCUAUUGCUAUACAGUAUCAACAGCGGUCCAUAAAGGUGUGGGAACGUCUGUUCACGGCGUUUUCUUUGUAUCGGAUAACACUGGUAAACUUGGGUUGAACUGCCUUUUCUCAGUGAUUCUGAACGUCGAUUGUUUGACUCUAAGACAGUCGCCUACCAUUUUGAUAUCUACUCUACAAUGCUUUCAUGCACGCCAUGAAGGGUCCACUCGAUGAGACGUACGCAACCGUCCGAUCAAAACGGUACGAACCUUCAUGGCCAUGGCACACAUUGAGGCCGCGGAAUUCGGGGCCAUUUCUGAUCGAGACCUUGUGCCGAUACCAACAACACCGUAUCUCAUCGACCUCUCGAACUCGCAGUAGAAUACCCGAAAUGGAUGAGAACGUUCCGAACAGGUGGCUUCGCGAUGAUCUUUCCAAAAUGCUCCAAAGCAAACCGCUCCCCGAUCUGCGGUCCUUCUUGUGGAGUGCUCUGACCGUUGAUCUCCUCCCGCCCUCUGGGUUAGGUGAAAUCCUCCCGCCCUCUGAGUUUGGUGAAACGACUUCCAUUCCAGUACUGAAGCAACGGUCCUACACUGCUAAUACACUCGCCAUACCAUCCACUCUUGCCGACACUCUCUGCACCGACCUCGGCAUGGAGGGACUCUUGACGAAGCUCAACACCACCUUCGUACUGCCAUACACUUUGUUCCCUCCGUGGAUAUACUCCGUACUUGAGGACUGCAUCUCGAAAAACUAUGACUUUGGGACUGCGUUUGCUCAUCUCUGCUUAUUUUGGCACAACCCGACAUAUUAUAUACCAAAGUGGGAAGAGCAGUACCAAAAGAUGGUGCAGGAUGUACUCGUCGAAGACAGAAUCAUCUACCCAUCUUUACCCCCUCGGCGUGUCUGGGACCUGUACAGUAACCGAGUGGUGCCAUGGUGGAUUGUCCGGCGAUGGCCAUGGGGGAUAUCGCAUGCAUGGAUAGACGAGGAAGACCGCAAGGAUGUGUUGACACCCAUCAACGGAUACGAAUGGCCAGUGCCAAUCCCUAAAGACACCAGCCUGGAGCACAUCCGGAUUGAGAUGCUCAAUCUAGGAGCAAAGUACGUGUGGCUGGAUGUACUCUGCUUGAGACAGAAAGGGGGCCGCAGGGAAGAUCUGCGAGUGGAGGAGUGGAAAGUGGAUGUGCCCACCAUUGGAUCUGUGUAUGAACAGGCUGAGAAAGUGGUGUGUUAUCUGAGUGGGCUGGGACGGCCGUUGAGUUCCGACGCUGACAACUUUGAGAGUGACCGGUGUUGGUUCAAGCGUGCAUGGACCCUGCAAGAGAUCAGCAGGCAUCCGAUCAUCGGUGGGGUCACUGACGACAAGGAGCUACGAUGGAGAUUCCAGGAGCAGUUAUCAUCACUGCGGAGGAUACACGGUCAACACCGUGUGUAUGAAGUGUUGUUGCAGAUGCAGAAACGGGUGUCGACGAAUCCUGUGGAUAAAGUUGCGGGGAUGGCGUACCUUCUGAAUUCAAACUCUAUACCGGCUUACUACGGAAAGCAAUCCGAAGAGGAGGUGUGGGCAGCCUUGGUGAAUAUGACAGCACAACACACUCAAGGGGAUUUGCUCUUCCUGUAUCCUAAACCUGGAAACGGUAACAAAAUUUGGCGGCCAUCAUGGAGGCAGGUCAUGAUCGAGGAACUUCCAUCGCAACGCCGCAAUUUGCAGAUUGGUUGUUGGAAUCUGGACGGCAAGACAGAUGUAGACUCAUACCGCAAUGGAUACAUUGUUGAAUCGGCCAUUGUAAAAGGAUUGUCCGAGGGAGACUCGCAACGACGUGUGCGAUCAGGAGAGCUUGUUGUUGAAGACAAUACAGGAACAGAGUGUAUAUUUGAGAUCUUCGCCUAUCAUCAGUACGCAAUACCGGAUGGCUCAUACACGUUGCUAGGCGCCAAGGUUAAAUCUUGCAGUAGGGUGUGCUGGGUAGUCGGGUGGAGACUGCCAGAUCGGAGGCUAAAGAAGUUGUCAGUAUUCGAAAUGGACAUGGGCGAUGCACCAAUGGUGUUAUUGCUGUCACAGGGCAGGUCCGAUACUACGUUGCUUGCUUGAUAUGAAUAAAUGUUCACAACACAUUUCGAACAUGAUUCUAG